GGGGGCAGCUGCGGGUGGAGGUGCGCUUCUGACAAGCCCGAAAGUCAUUUCCAAUCUCAAGUGGACUUUGUUCCAACUAUUGGGGGCGUCGCUCCCCCUCUUCAUGGUCGCGGGCAAACUUCCUCCUCGGCGCCGCUUCUAAUGGAGCCCCACCUGCUCGGGCUGCUCCUCGGCCUCCUGCUCUGUGGCACCAGGGUCCUCGCUGGCUACCCAAUUUGGUGGUCCCUGGCCCUGGGCCAGCAGUACACAUCCCUGGGCUCACAGCCCCUGCUCUGCGGCUCCAUCCCAGGCCUGGUCCCCAAGCAACUGCGCUUCUGCCGCAAUUACAUCGAAAUCAUGCCCAGCGUGGCCGAGGGCGUGAAGCUGGGCAUCCAGGAGUGCCAGCACCAGUUCCGGGGCCGCCGCUGGAACUGCACCACCAUCGACGACAGCCUGGCCAUCUUCGGGCCCGUCCUCGACAAAGCCACCCGCGAAUCGGCCUUCGUGCACGCCAUCGCCUCAGCCGGCGUGGCCUUCGCCGUCACACGCUCCUGUGCCGAGGGCACCUCCACCAUCUGCGGCUGCGACUCGCAUCAUAAAGGGCCGCCUGGAGAAGGCUGGAAGUGGGGAGGCUGCAGCGAGGACGCCGACUUCGGGGUGCUUGUGUCCCGGGAGUUCGCGGACGCACGUGAGAACAGGCCGGACGCGCGCUCGGCCAUGAACAAGCACAACAACGAGGCUGGCCGCACGACCAUCCUGGACCACAUGCACCUCAAGUGCAAGUGCCAUGGGCUGUCGGGCAGCUGUGAGGUGAAGACCUGCUGGUGGGCCCAGCCCGACUUCCGCGCCAUCGGGGACUUCCUCAAGGACAAGUACGACAGCGCCUCGGAGAUGGUGGUGGAGAAGCACCGGGAGUCCCGUGGCUGGGUGGAGACCCUCCGCGCCAAGUACGCGCUCUUCAAGCCGCCCACCGAGAGGGACCUGGUCUACUACGAGAACUCCCCCAACUUUUGCGAGCCCAACCCCGAGACGGGCUCCUUCGGCACCAGGGACCGGACUUGCAAUGUCACCUCCCACGGCAUUGAUGGCUGCGACCUGCUCUGCUGCGGCCGUGGCCACAACACAAGGACGGAGAAGCGGAAGGAGAAAUGCCACUGCAUCUUCCACUGGUGCUGCUACGUGAGCUGCCAGGAGUGUAUCCGCAUCUACGAUGUGCACACCUGCAAGUAGGGAGCCAGGGCACUGGGAACGGGUGAAGCGUGUGGCUGGGCAGAUUCACCGAAGUCCUCUGGGAAGCGGGACCCAGAGCCGGGCUCAGCCCUCAGCAUCAGACAGCAAGGAAUCCGGACUGUUGCCAGAUGCACGUGUGGUAAAUUACCUGGAUCCAACCCGCCCGCUGCCUGGGAGGCCUCCCUCCCUUCUCUCUCAUCUUAAGUUUCUCACCCUACUCUGGAUGGUGUGUGGUUUUUAAAGAAGGGGCUUUCUUUUUAGUUCUCUAGGGUCUGAUAGGAACAGACCCGAGGCUUAUCUUUGCACAUAUUAAAGAAAAUAAAAAUGGAAAAAAAAAAAACCCCACAGAAAACCA